UCUCCUCUGUAUGUUUUUGUUGGGGGGAAAAGUUGUCGGUAGUUAGGUCGUGUGUGAAUGUAGCGUGUCGGUCGUUUUUCGCCCCCCCACCUCGGUAAACAGGCGGAAUGCGAGUUUUUGCCGUUUUCAACCCGGAGAGCGAGCUGCAGAGCCCCGCUUAACGCGUUCACGUCCUCCGGGGCUCUCGGGGCUGAACAAAAAUCUCAGUGGCCAUCAUCGUUUCACCUCUGCCGUCUCGUUAGCCACCUAGCUAGCUCCAAGCCAAGCUAUACCCAACAAAGUUAACGCUACCUCGCCUCACUUGUGUGUUUUUUGUGGUAUAACUUCCAGAGGGUUUUUUUUUAUUUUUUAGGGUUGGUAGAAACAAAAAAAAGCAACCGUAGAGAUGGCGGAAACCAAAAUAAUUUAUCAUAUCGACGAAGAGGAGACGCCGUAUUUGGUGAAGAUACCCAUUGCUGCCGAAAAUAUCACUUUGCUGGAUUUUAAACAAGUCUUGAACAAACCAAACUACAAAUUCUUCUUCAAGUCUAUGGACCAGGACUUCGGGGUGGUGAAGGAAGAGAUUUCCGACGACAGUGCCAAGCUGCCAUGUUUCAACGGCAGAGUGGUGUCAUGGUUGGUAUCUUCAGACGCUCCUGCAGCAGACCCUCCGGUGGCAGUCGUCCCACCUGUGGAAGCAUCUACCCAGCCUUCGCCCCCUCCGCCACCCCUCCCACCCCCACCUGCAGAGAGGACCGGGGGCAUCGGAGACUCAAGACCUCCGUCCUUCCAUCCCAACGCUACAGGCAGCGUGGAGACCUUGGACGACCAAACCGAGACAGAGUCUGUGGUUUCCUUCAGGAGAGAGAGACCUCGACACAGAGAGAGCAUCGAGCAACAUGGGCCUCGCAUGAACGGCCAGAGUCGGCUGGAGCGCCACCUGGCAGGUUACGAGAGCUCCAGCACGGUGAUGAGCAGUGAGCUAGAAACCACCAGCUUCUGCGACUCUGAGGACGACGACACCAUGAGCAGGUUCAGCAGUGCAACAGAGCAGAGCACAGCCUCCAGGCUCCUCAAACGGCACCGCAGACGCAGGAAACAGCGCCCUCCACGUCUCGAGAGGGCUUCCUCCUUCAGUAGCGUGACAGACUCCACAAUGUCCUUGAAUAUCAUCACCGUCACUCUCAACAUGGAGAAGUACAACUUCCUGGGCAUCAGCAUCGUGGGCCAAAGUAACGAAAGAGGGGAUGGAGGCAUUUACAUCGGUUCCAUCAUGAAGGGAGGAGCUGUGGCUGCGGACGGACGCAUAGAGCCUGGUGACAUGCUGCUGCAGGUGAACGACAUCAACUUUGAGAAUAUGAGUAACGACGAUGCGGUGCGGGUACUGAGAGAGAUUGUACACAAGCCGGGACCCAUCAUCCUCACAGUGGCCAAGUGCUGGGACCCGUCUCCUCAGGGUUACUUCACUCUGCCACGCAAUGAACCGAUCCGACCCAUCGACCCAGCAGCGUGGGUCAGCCACUCUGUGGCCAUGACUGGGGCCUACCCUCCCUUCCCAGGCAGCUCCUCCCUUAGCACCAUCACCUCCUCCUCCUCCGUCACCGAGACUGAGCGUUUUGACGACUUCAGCUUAUCACUACACUCUGACAUGGCAUCGGUUGCCAAGGCCAUGGCCUCACCAGAAUCGGGUCUAGAGGUCCGGGACCGCAUGUGGCUUAAAAUAACCAUCCCCAACGCGUUCCUUGGCUCAGACGUCGUGGAGUGGCUUUUCCACCACAUCGAGGGGUUCCAGGACCGCCGUGAAGCCAGGAAGUACGCCAGCAACCUGCUGAAGGCCGGCUUCAUUCGACACACCGUCAACAAGAUCACCUUCUCCGAACAGUGCUACUACGUCUUCGGGGACUUAAGUGACUGCGAGAACUACAUGGCCAACCUGUCCCUGAAUGAUAAUGACGGCUCCAGCGGGGCCUCAGACCAGGACACCUUGGCUCCACUUCCUCUCCCCGGGGCCUCCCCGUGGCCCAUGAUGCACACCUUCCCCUACCAGCCCUACCCUACACAUCCCUACUCCAGCCAGCCCCCUCCUUACCACGAGCUCACCAGCUACAGCUACACCCCCGGCAGCACCGGCAGCCAGCACAGUGAAGGGAGCAGAAGCAGCGGUUCGACAAGAAGCGAGGGUGAGCGACGCCGCACCAGUAAAGGCCCCGGCAGCACCGUGGGCGGAGGAGAGAAGUCCCCCUCUACCGGGGGUGUAGAAGCCGGAGGGGCCGACUCCCGCUCCGGCAGUGGCAGUGAAUCGGAGUACUCCACUCGCAGCAGCCUGAGGCGCGGCCACGGUUCGGCCGCCCCCAGCGAGCACAGCCACGCCUCCUCCCAGCGCUCGCAUCAUCACCGCAUGCCCCAGCCCCACAUGUCCCCCUACCCGCCAGGUAUCCUACCUUACAACCCCAUGAUGGUGAUGAUGGUACCCCAGCACCCACACCCUGCCAUGGCAACCGCUCACGCUCUCCCUCACGCACAGCAGAUGGCCACAGCCCCCAUGCACCCCGCUCUACCCCCACCCCCUUCCUCCACUCCAGGGGGACCUCCCGGUGCCCCACCUACCCGUGACCUGGGCUCCGUACCCCCAGAGCUGACUGCAUCGCGCCAGUCCUUCCACCUGGCCAUGGGCAACCCCAGCGAGUUCUUUGUGGAUGUCAUGUAGUGUUUCUGUCUCGGUAUCGAGCGACCAUUCAUGUGAAGUUAGCGUACGGUUCCCACUUGUUUUUUGACGAGGAUCUGGCGGUAGCUGUCUGAGCUCACAAGGGCCUAUUGGAUUGAGGGCACUUGUUACAAAUUUGGUGAGAACAGGGUUAAACAUUGGCAAAGAAAAUAAGAUUAAAACACAAUGUGGGAUAUGGUCUUGCUACAUGUGUCUACAAAGACUAGUUUCUUCUCUUCAGAGUCACUACAUAACACAGUCACUUUUUCAAUCCACUUCUACUUUAUGAUGUCAGCAGUGAGCCUCUACAUCGAAUACAUAAUAUGACCACAGUCAUGCUGUGUAUUUGUUUGUGUUUUGGCUCUCGGCACUUCCACUCUAUAGGACAGUGCUCGUCUCAAACUGUACACCUCUUGUUUGUGUUUAUCAAAAGCAAACUGAGCAGCUGUCGGGUUUUUGGUACCAAAAGCUGAAAUACAAUCUUUAUAGGAGGGGGAAGCACAUUCCCAAAUCAGCUACUAGUCUCAGAGCUGCCCAUACAGGGGAAGCGCACAGACCACAUUUUUUUUAACACUAAAGGACGCACUGUGUACUUGAAAAGGAUACAAUCCUGUAUGUACACAUCUGGACCAUCAGCCAGAUCCGUCUGCAGCACAGGAGUUUACUGAGUGCCUUACUUUUUGCAUUUUUUUUUGUUUUUUAGAGACAUUUUCCACACUCCAGGUACAUGAAAUAACUCAUCAGCAUUGUCUGACAAUGAACUUCUCUGUAUAUAUCUACUAUUCGUAUAUAAAAAAGAAAAGAAAAGCAAAAGUACCAGAAAAGCAAGAAGCUCUAAUGUGAAAAGAAAAUAGGUCCAAAUAAUGUCAGGUCAACUUGUGUUUAGUGAUCACUGUCUAGGCCUAGUCGUCAGAUAACUCUAAUUGUGAGGAGUACCAUGGUUUUUUUUUGAUAUGGGACUGUAGAGGCUUAACGGUACAAGUAGGUGAAAAGAGAAGAUACUGAGAGAGGUACUUCUUGAUUACAUGCAGUGUCUAUCUUAAAGUAACUGUGAUCCAAAAUGCCCCAGCUCCCCAUGCUUAUUUUUUAUGUUACUGACUUUGCAUUAUUCACCCAUUUCAUUUUUGUAUGAGUGACUAUACUAUAAAUCAUGUAUAACCGAACUACUAAGGUGCUAAAUGAAGAGUCAACGUUUCAAAAAGAAUGACAUUGAUAGUGUCGAAUUGUUUGAUUUCAUAUUGCCACCUUUGUUUGUGUAUU